UACUCACAGCCGCCAGAGAGUAGUGUGUGUGUGAGAGAGCGGAGAAAACAGGAGAGGGAGAGUCCAGAGCUGUGAGAGACAACCACACAGAAUACAACAACAGAAGGGGGUCUCUCCUUCUAAUUCAAACAUUUUGACACUCUUCUAGCCUUCUAAGGUGGUUAAGGUUUGAGUGUAUGAGAGGUGGUGUGGUAGACCCCGAGCAGACGGGGACACAGACAGCAUCUGGAGAAAUGGCUUCCAGUGGGACAGCAACUCUCCUGCCUCCAGUCAAGAGCGUGAUGGUCUACAGGAACGGUGACCCCUUCCACUCUGGCAGGAGGCUUGUGGUCAACCAUCGACAGGUGGCCACCAUGGAGGCAUUCCUCAAUGACGUGACCCACUGCAUCCAGGCUCCACUAGCCGUGAGGACCCUGUACACCCCCCGGCAGGGUCACCGGGUCAGGGAACUGCAGGACCUCCAGACCGGGGCCCAGUACGUGGCUGCAGGCUUUGAGAGGUUCAAGAAGCUGGAUUAUUUGAACACAGGGCUGAAGAAGCAGCCUGUACACAGAGAAGGAGCUCAGGCAAUAUUACUCCACAGACCGAAUGUGUCAGCAAAAUGGAGAAAGUAUAUUCCUCUACCCUGUAUCAUAAAUGUUUUCCGCAACGGAGAUCUCCUCUGCUUGCCAUUCCGGUUCAUCAUUCCCAGGACCUGGCAGCAAGACCUGGAUCAGAUCCUCGGUCUAGUCACAGAGAAAGCCAAUUUACGCACUGGAGCCGUGCGCAGGUUGUGCACUCUAGAGGGUGUGACCGUGUCCAGUGCAGAUGAGCUGGAGAGUGGCCAGUACUACGUGGCUGUGGGAGCGGAGAGGUUCAAGAAGCUUCCCUACGUGGAGAUGUUGGUUCCUAAAGCCUCUGAGAGAAAUUACCCUGGAAUUAGAAGGUUGUCAAGGAGAUAUGGGGGCAGGAAGGCAGCCAGUGGCCCUGAGGACAGAUACAGUGACUCUGCUCUCCUGGACUCUCCAGAGUCAGACGGACGGAGGGUGAAGUCAACGGGGGACGAAGUGGGGGAGACGGCACUCCCAGCCAUCCAAAGGAGACCAAGGAAGGAGGUGAGCUCUAUCUUCUACGCCAGACCAGUGAAGGUUCGAGUGAGGAACAGAGCCCAACCUAGGCCUCCGCCAAGGAGUGGACCAGUCCAGGCCAGUGUGUUCAAAGGAUGUGUACGGAGGAGGAGAGAGGAGGUGCAGGGGGCUGAGGAGGUGCUGGAGGAUGAGAACACAGCAGUCGAUCUCCCUGUUGACCAGAGAGUGGCAGAGAGAGUGGAGGAUGAGGGCCUAAUUGGCAGAGAUCCUCCUCAUUCCAACAGCAGAGAUCAGAUUUUGACCAAGGCUACAGUGGGUAAGAAGUUCUGUGAAAAAGAUCCCCCUCCCCCCCCAAAAGACCCAGACAAGGUGGAAACAUCGACUGAGCAAGACAGGAACUCACCUGCAAAUGCCAGCUCUUCAAUCUGCAAAGAGGAUGCUGUCAAUGGGACCCCUAAGCCUGACACAAAAGCACCACAGAGAAAGGUAGAGACUGUGGAAAAUGAGGUGUUGGUUGAGCCAGAUCACACAGACGACAGUGAUCAGGCAAACACAUCCCUGGAGAAUGAGAUGCAUUCAACCGCAGAGCCAAACACAUCUGUCUACAAAGAAAAAGACGCUGCCUUAGAGAGUUGUGUGUCUGCUACUGAAGCACCAAAGGAGCCAGUGACGGAGCCAAAGCUGGCCACUCGACACUCAAGGGCUUCUUCUUCAUCAUCGUCCUCCGCAUCUCAGAGUUUUCGGAAAAGCAGGGGGAUCCAAGGAGACAGGGAAAGUCUUCGAUCAGGCUCGAUUUGAAUGAUCAUCAUUGUAUAUAAAAUCACUUUAAAACUAGAGCUGUUUAAAAUACAAUAUAUUAUGGCCCUGUCUGAUUGGUUUAUUCUACCUAGGGAGACCUCGUACCCCCCCGCCAGACACUGUAAUGGAACAGCCAACAGUCAAC